AUUGUUUCGAUCUUUUAUACAGUCCAUGCCAUCAUAAGUCGCGCGCGAAAUACCAUGCCUCUUUUCCUACCUCCAGUUGCCCGUUUCGCCGCCCUUUUGGCACUAGCUCUCACAUAUGCAACCAUCAGCAUUCGUACAAAGCCUCCAGGCGUCGCAAGGCUGCUCAUGAGCUUGCCGGUCGUCCUGCUCUUCUCGAUGGGGCCCAUGCAGCUAUUUGGGCACGAGAGCAUCCUCGUAUCGGGCUCCCUGGCCUUCACAAUUACCUUGUUGGGAAACUUGAAGCUCCUAGCCUUCUCAGCCAAUCGCGGACCGCUGGCGUACCCCGGCUUAACUGCCGUACAGUGGCUAAUGCUGCUCCUGCUGCCGUACUAUCCUGUGAAGCGGAGAUGAAGCGUGGGCAAAGGGAGUACGGUCCGAUGAUGUGGGCAUAUGGUUAUGCUUUUCGGCGGGAAGGCGGCUGUGGCAUCCGGCGUGUCAGGAACCUCAGGAUAAAGGGGAAGAGACAGGCGGGCGGGCGGUGGCGGGACUGUUGCGGUUUCCUUUCUGG